UUAGUUUUCACAUGAAGUUCGAUGAGAGUAAAAUAGAAAACCUGAAUGUUAAUCAAAUCGGCGAGCUCCCGGUCAGCGCAAGACAGAAAAGCAACCAUCUUAAUAUGGAAGCUGUUGUCGACGAGACCUACAGUUUUGAUUGGAGACGUUUUGCUAUGUUGAUGCUUUUGGGAUUUAUGAUGUUUAUUCAGUUUGUGACUCAUCGUCAAAUACAAAGCGAUGAAGACGUCAUUUUGGGCAUUUACAAUUCAACAACUCAAUGUCCAGGCAUAUUACAGCCAUCUAUAAAUAUUCAAUCAAUUUUUAUGAGUUCUUCAAAGGUCAUUUAUGUUUUCUCAAGCAUCAUGUUUGCGUUGAUGAACUAUGCAAUGAUUUUGCCAAUUUGCCUGGAAGAAUUAACGAUGGAAAGGCCCGAGUACACCAAACUCGUGUUCAAGGCAAAGUCGUCACUGUUCGUCAUCUACACAAUUUUUCCUCUGAUGGUCAAUCGUACAUUAGGAGAUUCCACGCCUGUGAUAUUUUUCAAAGCAUAUGGACAAACGAUAUAUGGAAUACUCUUCUGUGUCUUUGCUCUUUUAAUGACGUUAAAUGGAAUGCAACUGCGCGUCAUGGUUUGCGUUAAAUUAAUUGAAGUGUUAUUCGGAGAUGCCAAUAUCAAAAGUCGACAUUGGAUAACAAUCAUUGCCUUGUUUUUCACGUCGUUCAUUCUAGCGCAGACUCUUGAUGAAAUGCAGUUGAUAAUUAUUUUGGGACCGAUGACUUGCAGUAUUUUACUCAUUAUUAUACCAAGGCUUAUUUACAUCAAGUAUACAAUUAUAAAAAUAAAAAGACUUCGAAUUUCUUUCCUCUUUGUGUUGCACAUUUGUCAAGAGCUUUUGAAAACUUUACUGGCGGCCCUCGUUGUUACUGUUCACAUUGUGCUACUCAUAUUUGCCUUGUGGACUCUCGGAGAGAAUGAUAUUGAUGUCAGUAGCUGCAGACAGUUUUUCAACGAUUAUUGGGGAACCUUAUCUCACUAAAGAGGUAUUGAAAAAAACGUAAAUAUGGACGACAAUAUUAUCAGCAGCUGUAACAAAUUAACCGAUGAAUUUUGAGUAAUUGACAUCAACACUAAAAAUAGUUUUCGACGUCAUAGAUAUCAACACUAAAAAUAGUUUUCGACGUCAUAGAUAUUAGGAAUUCGAUAACAUCCGAAUUGUGGCUUUCGCCAUCAGUGGUAACAAAAUUGCAUAAUUCGCAUGUGACAUGAUUUAUCUUGUUUAACAUGGAUUUUUUUCAUGUGAAUUGUUUCGCAAUAAUUGAGCCGGAUCAAAAUCCCGAUCCGUAAAAACGAAUGGUUCAUUGAUUUUCUGUAUUUCAUAUUACUUGUCUUUUUCCAUGACAAAUGAUUAUUAUCGAAAUUUCUGUCCAAUAAUCAUUUAUUUUUACUUAGUUCACUUUUAAACUGUGAAAUUGAAACAUUGCCCUGAGCAAUGACAUAAUAUGUUAUUCAUAUGUUCAAGAGCAAAUACGGCAUUUCGUUGCCUUAUCAAUUUAACAAAUCAAAUUCAAAAAAAUAAAAAAAAUUCUUGUGGGCUUCAACUUGACUCGGAGUGUUUUUGUGCUGUGUUCAUACCACCAACUAAAAAAAAAGGAAUUAAAAAUUCUAAUGACGCAAUGUAUACGCAUUGUACACAUGCGAUAGUUGGUAUUUAUGCAAUUAUUACAUUACUGAUUUCACGAAUUUUCUCAAUUUUAUGUUGACUCCUCUUAUGGCAACUGAUUGUUAAUGUUACUUCUUGUUAUUUAAUUAUUUGUUUUUGCUUACUCGAACUCUGACUUUAAAACAUUGUCCUGAUCAAUAACACAUUUAUGUUAUAUGUUGAAGAGUGGCUGGCUCAAUGACAUGUCCAUGCGGUCGUCUAUCAUAAGAUAUGGUUUCAAUGAACUACGUCUAUAUCUGAUGUAUCACGCAUCUGCAUGAGUGAUUACACACAGUACCGGUACUUCGUCUAAUUUAGUAUCGCACAGAUCUGAUGUUUUUAUUUAUUGCUAUAAGAAUUAUAUUACCUGUUUUAUUCACUAUUCAAUCACAUGUCUUUUAAUGCCCUGCCUACACUGCAACACUGGAUCGAAUGGCAAAGUUACCGUUACCAAAGUUACCAAAGCAACUAGUAUAUUUCCAUCAAUUUACACACUUCAGCAUCUCUGAAAUUUGUUGCCUGCCCAAACGGGGGGGAUCGCCAUAGGUUAUCUGGUGGGUUCGAUUAGAGAUGUUGGCUGUUGCCCUGUAGAAUUUAUGGUCGUCUCAUAUAACUUACAUGUCUAGUGGAUGCUGUUAGUGAAUCAG